UCUGGCAGCAUUCAUAAUUAGCUUGUUGCAAAAAUAUAAUUUUUUAUUAGUUUAUUUUUAUAAUUUUGCUAUUUUCUAAUAAAAUCAAAAGGAUUUCUUACAAAAAAAUCCUAAAAAAAUAUGGCUGAUGCCUGGGAUGAUAUCAAGGCAUUGAAAAGCAAACGUAAUACGCUCAGAGAAAAAUUAGAGAAACGUAAAAAGGAAAGACAUGGUAUUUUGCAAGCCACCGGUGGAGCCAGCAAUUUAGCGGCUUCUUCAAAGGCCGAAGACAACAAUGUGGGCCUAGUCAAGAAUCCAGAUAUAGUAAGGAAAACAGAAAAUGAAUCUGACACUUUAGUAGAGCAGGCACUGUUGGAAAUAUUAACUACACCAUCUUUAGUAUUGCCCAUUAUAUCUACCCAAUUGCUAGAGAAAGUUUCACAGAUAACAAAAUCUCCAGUGUUAGCUGAAAGUGUUGAUUAUAUAUUAAAUAAAUUGGCCAAACAGGGAGCCGUUUGUAUCAAACGGGUGACAAUUGGUGAGGAAAGUGGCUGUGAGGUUAUUUCUUUGGAAUCUAAGAUAUUAUUAGAUCUUUAUAAGAGUUUUAUAAAUGACAAUUUCGAUUUAACGGAAGAAAUUAAACGAAAAUAUAAGAAAUUAUUUGAAGAUGGUGAUAUGCUGGAGGACAAUAUGAGUAAUGAUCAAGCGGAUGAAAGUGAAGAUAGUUCAGAUCGCAAAGAUAUCAAUACAAAUGCGGAUUCAGAUGAUAUUAUGUCUCUUCUCUCCAUGCCCUCGACCCGUGAAAAACAAAGCAAACAGGUGGGUGAGGAAAUUCUAGAACUCUUAACAAAACCUACAGCCAAAGAGCGUUCUGUAGCGGAAAAGUUUAAAUCUCAUGGUGGCGCUCAAGUCAUGGAGUUUUGUCCUCAUGGCACUAAAAUCGAAUGCCUUAAAGCACAACAGGCCACCGCCGAAAUGGAAGCUAAGAAAAAGAAAGAACAAAUCGAAACUCAACACAAACUUAAAACACAAAAGCGUCAAAUAGCGACAGAUGACAGCAACUCCGAAUCCGCCUCCACUGAAGAUUUGGCGGUUAAACGCUUAAAACCCAAUGAAGAAGGCACAGAUAAUGAUGAAACCACAGAAGAACUAGAAACAAAAGCAAAUGAUUCGGGCGCCGAAGAUGGUGAAAUAGUGGCGGACAAUACAAAAGACGAAAUCACCGUGCCAGAUGGUGAGGAGGACACAAACGAUGAAAAUCUACAACAUUUGAAUAAAUGUACAAAAUUGCAUUUUAAAAAAAUCAUUCAAUCGCAUACAGACGAGUCUUUGGGUGAUUGUAGUUUCCUAAAUACAUGUUUUCAUAUGGCCACUUGUAAAUAUGUCCACUAUGAGGUCGACACUCUACCCAACAUAAAUACGAAUAAGCCAACCGAUGUCAAAACCAAUAGAUGUAUUAAACGCAGUGUAGAUCCUAGUGUAACUUUAUAUCCACCUCAGUGGAUACAAUGUGAUUUGCGUUUUCUCGAUAUGACAGUUUUGGGUAAAUUUGCCGUGGUUAUGGCUGAUCCACCAUGGGAUAUUCAUAUGGAAUUGCCUUAUGGCACUAUGUCAGAUGAUGAAAUGCGACAAUUAGGUGUGCCAGCCUUGCAAGAUGACGGUUUAAUAUUUCUUUGGGUUACCGGCAGAGCCAUGGAGCUGGGACGUGAAUGCUUAAUGUUAUGGGGUUAUGAACGAGUUGAUGAAUUAAUUUGGGUCAAAACCAAUCAAUUACAACGUAUUAUACGCACCGGUCGUACCGGCCAUUGGCUUAACCACGGCAAAGAGCAUUGUUUGGUAGGCAUGAAGGGUAAUCCAAAAAAUCUCAAUCGCGGUUUAGAUUGUGAUGUUAUUGUUGCAGAAGUAAGAGCCACCUCUCAUAAACCCGAUGAAAUUUACGGCAUUAUAGAACGUCUUAGUCCGGGUUCACGUAAAAUCGAAUUAUUUGGUCGUCCCCAUAAUGUUCAACCCAAUUGGAUUACUUUGGGUAAUCAAUUGGACGGUAUACGUCUGGUGGAUCCUGAGCUAAUAACACAAUUUCAAAAACGUUACCCUGAUGGAAAUUGUAUGGCUCCUGCUACGACUAGUGUUACUGCCACUAAUCCUACAGCUAAGAAAUAGAUUGUGUAUGAGAAUCAAGUAAUUUAGUUUACUUUGAAAUACAAUAAUGAAUAAAGUGUUUUUUUAAGAGUUUUUCGUAAAA